GCUCCUGGUCGCGCGCGCAGCCCUCUUGUGAUGAACCGCGCGCGGUUGCCACGGGCGACCGCUAACAAUCGGUACGAACGAGAAAAGCGAUAUCCCUGCUCUUGUUUGCGGACAUUUCGGAGUUUUUUUCCCUCUUCUCUUCUUUAUCAAGGCAGGAAAAUGGCAAGCGUUAACACCACUGGGUGCGACGACUCUGCGUUAGACGGCAUACUGUUUGAAAUCGGCUGGGAUAAGCGCUUCUCCCUGCCCGAGCUGAGCGCAGCUAACAAAGCUCUGCUGGAGGAGGUUUAUAAAGCAGAGAUGGAGCUUCUGCAGGAGGACAACCAAAUCAAGAUAGUUGCAGACAGGAAGCAGUCGAUGGCUGAAUACCUGCAAAGUGCUAAGCUAGAGCUGGUCAACACUGAGGCUCUGUGGAAGGCAAAUGAAAAAGAGAUCGAGGUGACGAAGCACCUGACGGCCCUGGCAGAGCGAGAGUCGGGUCGACUCGCCCAGCUGGCAGCUCAGACUGAAGCAGAGCUCAGGUCUUCAGAAGAGAGGAUCGACUUGUUAGAGAAGAACUUGUUAAAGGCAAAUCAGAAGCUUGAGGAGUUCCGGAUUCAGAUGGACUGGGACCAGCAGACGAUGGACGACUUCUUAGAGGAGUCGGCUCAAAAGGAUGACGACUUGAUGGCCAUCAUCAAAUACGCCCAACAGGAUGAGCAGACGAUCAAGGCCCUCACCCUGGCUAUAGAGAAGAAGUCCGUGGAGGCCAAUGAAAAGCGCAAAGCACUCGACAAAGAGUUAACCGAGACCCGGUCUGCACAGUUAGCUUUGGACAAGACUUUGGAGAAUAUACAACAAGCUCGCUCAGAGAUCCAGCAGCUCUUCCAUCAAUGUGAAAACACCAUCACGCAGAAAAAGCAACUAGACUCCGAUAUGCAACGAUGUGCCUGGAAUCUUGCUCAGGGCAAGCAGCAAAUCAGGGAGAGGAACGCCAGCAUUGCUGAAAUGAAGCACAUGCUGGAUGCUCAGAGGAACAACAACUCAGAGCUUCAGAGGAACAUCGCUGCAAAAAAGAAGCAGGCGGCCAUGUUACGGCAGGACCUGAAGAAGCAGGAGGAAAACCUGGCCAGCAUGCAGGAUGAGCUUGAUGGUUACAAAACCACGCUGGACAGACACAGGUCUGAUGUGAGGUCUGUGACAUCCCAAAUAUCCAGAAUGAAGAAAGACAUCGAGCGCAACAACCAAAAAUUGGAGGAGGCAGAGGCCUACAAUGCUGCACUGAAAGAGAAGCUGAGAGCGGUGACCCAGAGUGCUCUCAGUGAGGAGGGGAGAGCUGCUCAGAUGGAGCAGAUCCUUAAGGAAACUGACCAGGCCAUCAAGAAGUUGGAAGACCAGCAGCAUGACCUCAUGGAGGAUCUGUUCCGCCAGAAACACAAUUUCCAACUUGUCAAAACAAAGGAGAAGAACCUUUUGGCCCAGAUUUCAAAGAAUAAAUUCACCAUUACCAGCUUGCUGAGCCAGCUCACAAAGCUGGAGAAAGAACUGAUCAGACAGCAGAUGAUCAUGAACAGCCAGGACUCUAAGAUAAUUAUGCUUCAAAGCAAAUUAGCUCGGCUGCAGGGUGAAAUUCACUCAGAUGAAAAAGAGACGUUGGAGAAGAAACUUGCUCAGUGGACUGAAGAUCUGGAGGAAAGGAAACAGAUAGCCAGAAGCCUCAAGAAUGCCCUUAUGGAGUGUGAGGUGGACAUCCGCUGUUCGAGGAAAGAGAUGGAGAAGUCAGUGGCCCAGAAGAAAGAGCUGACUGACAUGGUAGACUGCUUGGCGCUGCUUUGUAGCAACAAAGAAAAGGAGUUGAAGAAGCUCAGACUAAAGAAACAGGAUGCCAUAGUGGAGAACAACCUCUUGAAGGUGGAGGUGAAGCGUGUCAGGGACCUUGUCUAUUUAGAAGCAGACAGCAUGCUGUCGCUGGAGAUGAGAAGGUUAGAGCUGCAGAAAGCCAUGAAAAAGAGGGAGGAUGAGAUCAAAGUUUACUCAGAAAUGCUCCGACAGCAGCUCAAGCUCACUGAGCAGGACCGGCAGAGUCUGAGCAUUGAAUUCAAUGAAAAACUGUCCAAAAUUGAGACGAUGAAGAAACGAUUUGAGAUCAUGGAACAGUCGAUGGCUGGUCCUGAGGGGGAGAAAUCCCAGGUGUACUUAAUCACUAAGGCUGCACAAGACAAGGAGGAACUUAGACGGAAAGGAGAUGAAUUAGACGCUAAAGUCCGCAAGAUGGAGCUUGAAACUAAAGCUCUGGAGAACACCAUCCAGCUGUUUACCGAUCGCUCCUCUUUGUUUUGCAACUCCCUCAGCAAAGUGAACAAAUCCAGUCCAGAGUACCAGGAAAAAGUAAAGCUGGAGGAACAUCUGAAGGCCACUGAGGAGACGCUGAAGUUCAAGAAACAACAAGUGCUGGAGCUACGCCAGGACAUACAGGACAUGAACGACACCUGGGAGAGACUGCUGCAAGAGGAGAGGGACAAGACAGAUAAGAUCCACCACAAACAGACUCUCAUUGCUAAACUGGACAAAGAAGCAGCUUCUAUGCAGGAGAAAAUUGGCAGAGCAACAAAGCAGUUCACCAAACUGACCAAAGAGAUUCGCGCAGGAAAAAACACCAACACUGAGACUGUUGAGGAGCAAGACAUCAAACUGAAAGAGUUAAAGGAAUUCAACAAAACUAUCAACAAGAUGGUGAAGAAGGCCAUGGAAGAUGAUCCUGAGCUGAGACUGGUGCUGGAGCCAUGCUUUCAGGAGGCCAGUCUGCUCCCCCCAUCUCCUUCCUCCACCAUCAGCAGCCAGCGCAGCUCCAAGAUGAGCUCGUGCCGCAGCUCCAUGUCUCUCAGGUCUCCUGUAUCCUCAGCUGGCAGCAGCCCUCGAGGAUCUUCAUUUUCCUCUCCUCGGGUGACAACUGUGAACCUGGACUUGGAUCUGAGCGGUGCCUGUCCUCCUCGCUCUCCGCCUAAAUGCCCCAGCUCUGCAAGCAGCUCUGGCAGCAACAGCAGCAAAAAGACAAAGAAGCCCUAGUGGGCUGGUCCUCUGAUCUCUUACUUCUCACCAGGUCCUUACAGAUGUGCAGAAAGAAUAAUUACACACUUCUUACUAUGGGCUGAGCAUAAUCUAAUUUUAGCUGAACUCACACAGA